AAACAAUCAAAUAAUACAAUUUUGACAUUGACGUAUAAGAUUGAUUUCAUAAACGGAUUUUCUUUGUAUUUAUAUUUACUUAUUUGUUGUUUGAUAGUAAUUAUUCGAUUAUGCCGUGGGGCUGGGAAUGUCGAGCCAAGUUGAUCAAGCAGCGACCUACUAAGCCAACAGAGAGGAAAGGAAAAGUGUCCGGGGAGGCUCCCAUGCCUGGACCUCAGCACUAUCAACCGCCACAGAUUUUUUGUGGAAAAGGCUUUUCCAAAAUCAAACGCGCGCCUGCCUACACGUUCGGUCAAGUAACGCCGUCGAGUUUUCAGAAACCUGCCACGACGCAGAAUGCGCGCAUGUUCAAUGUUCAGGGUUACCGCCGAGAUGGUGGACAAUAUCGUGUGACUCAUGGUGUUGUGACCGCACACCUUGAGCCUCCCUCUGACAAGACAAGGGUUCCUGGACCGGGGGCUCACGCACCUCGCACUAUCCAGAUACGCUAUAAGAGACCCCCUGCGUACACUUUAAGACCAGCAGCUCGGCCUACGUAUCAACCAUGGGAUCAGUGGACCCCACCACCCAAUAUGUACUGCCCUCCCAUACCUGGAAAAAACUAUCCAGCGUACAGUUUGGGCAACAUGCCCAGAGAGCUCAAAAUGCAAGAUUUUCCAGGCCCCGGUGAACACGAUCCAAACUUCAACUUUGUGAAAAAAAGUAAACCAGCCUUCUCAUUUGGGGCACCGUUUAGGUCGCUCAAACCACCCAAAGUUCCCGCCCCGAACACUUACUGUGAGAAAAAGUUUAUGGUGCAGAAACCAACUGUACCCGCUCCAUCAUUUGGUAUUCGACACACCCAGUACUUAGGAAACCAAGAUGUCUACCUGAAACCAUCGAAACUUGACAUUUUCUCCAGUGAUGUUAGCUAAGAACAAGUGGAGAAAUAGUGGUGGGUUUUUGCUUACAUAAUUUUAUACCUAAUAUUAAUACGUGUACUUUUUAUAAUAAUUAUAAUUAUAAAAAGAAUUACCUUUUUAUUUAAUAACGUAAAUCACACAAUCCUGUUAAUAGUAAUAAAAUUGAG